GAGGGGGGACCAUGACCAUGGGGGAGCCCCCGACACGGGACGGGACCCCCGACGGCGACGUCUGCCGCCUCGGCUCCCACCAGUGCUUCCGCUGCCUCAUCACCUUCCCGGACGAGAAGUUCCAGGAGCGGCACAUGAAGCGGGAGCACCCGGCCGACUUCGUGGCGGAGAAGCUGCGCGGGGUGCUCUUCGUCUGCUUCACCUGCGCCCGCCCCUUCCCCUCCUCCCACGCCCUGACGGCCCACCAGCGGCGCCACGCCCUCUCGCCCCACGGCCCCCGCUGCGGCCCCCCGCGGUCCCCCCACCCCUGCCCCGACUGCGGCAAGGGCUUCAGCAAAGCCUUCAACCUGCGGCGCCACCGGGCCGCCCACUGCCGGCCCCCCGGCUCCGCCUCGCCCGGCCCCUUCUCCUGCACCGAGUGCGGCGAGGCCUUUGAGCGGGAGGCCGGGCUGCACGAACACUACAUCCGCCACGCGCGGGGGGAGCUCUGAUCGCGGGGUCCGGGGGGCCUCGGUUCCACGGCGGAGACCCCCUCCCCCCCACCUCGGGCGGGGCGGCGGGCUCGAGGUCUCGAUCGCGGAUUCCUUAGGGCCGGGGCCGAGCGGUCCGGGGACCUCGGCGGUCCGGCCCGAGGCCCCCCGGCCGAGGGCGGGGAUGGCGGAAGGGGAGGGGGAGUGAGUCAGCCGCGUGGCCGGGGGGGAGACCCGAUCCCACCCCGCGCCCGGGGCGGCUCCCGACGAGAGGCCGGGCCUACGCGCUUUUUUUUUUUUUUUUACCCCACAAAACCUUUUCCUAAUAAACUGUAGUUAAACCCAAA